UCCACUAGUCCUCUUGCCAGAACACUUUAUAUAGCUUUAUGCCUCUCUCUCUCUCUCUCUAAGUGCAUUUUGGUAAUUUUCUCUCAUAGGAAGACAUGGAGCUCGUUCACUGGUUUAGAGUCUUAUGGAUCACAAUGACUCUAUUAACCUUCCAGUAUGCAAGCAAUGUGGAAGGAAGAUAUCAUUACCACAAGAGAAACAAAAGCGCAUCCCCUCCUCCUACCCCUGCAGAAGAUCGGGGUUCUCCAUCACCCCCAAGCAUUGCUCCUCCUACCCUUGUAGAAAAACCAGUUGCUCCUACCCCUGCAGAAGAUCGGGGUUCUCCAUCACCCCCAAGCAUUGCUCCUCCUACCCCUGCAGAAGAACCAUUUGCUCCUCCUAUCCCUGCAGAAGAGCCAGUUGCUCCUUCAACCCCGAGCAUUGCUCCUCCUACCCCUGUAGAAGAACCAGUUGCUCCUCCUACCCCUGCAGAAGAGCCAGUUGCUCCUUCAACCCCGAGCAUUGCUCCUCCUACUCCGGUAGAAGAACCAGUUGCUCCUCCUACCCCUGCAGAAAAGCCAGCUGCUCCUUCAACCCCGAGCAUUGCUCCUCCUACCCCUGUAGAAGAACCAGUUGCUCCUCCUACCCCUGCAGAAAAGCCAGCUGCUCCUUCAACCCCGAGCAUUGCUCCUGCUACCCCUGUAGAAGAACCAGUUGCUCCUCCUACCCCUGCAGAAAAGCCAGUUGCUCCUUCAACCCCGAGCAUUACUCCUCCUACCCCUCCUCCACAUGUUCCCUCAGACCCUUACCCAAAUGACCCUGGAAACAACUCUAGUAAUUCUUCAGAUUGUGUGUUUAAUGUCAUGGAUUAUGGGGCAGUUGGAGAUGGCUCUGCUGAUGACACUGCUGCCUUUAGACAGGCUUGGAAGGAAGCCUGUGCUGUUGAAUCAGGUGUUGUUUUGGCUCCUUCUGAUUACUGCUUCAAAAUCACCUCAACAAUUUUUUCAGGUCCAUGCCAGCCAGGACUAGUAUUCCAAGUAGAUGGGGUUUUGAUGCCGCCGGACGGGCCAGAGACGUGGCCUACAACAGACAGCCUAAACCAGUGGCUUGUGUUUUACAGACUCGACCAAAUGACUUUCACUGGUACUGGAACCAUCGAAGGCAACGGCCAAAAGUGGUGGGAGCUCCCUUGCAAACCUCACAGGGGUCCCAAAGGAUCAACACUGCCAGGACCAUGUGACAGUCCUGCGAUGAUCAGAUUUUUCAUGAGCUCUAAUUUGGUGGUGAGAGGCUUAAGAAUCCAAAACAGUCCAAAGUUCCACAUGAAAUUCGAUGGCUGUGAAGGAGUACUGAUUGAGAAAAUAUCCAUUUCUUCACCAAAGCUUAGCCCCAACACAGAUGGGAUCCACAUAGAGAACACAAAAUCUGUUGCAAUAUACGACUCAAUGAUUAGCAACGGUGAUGACUGCAUUUCAAUAGGAACUGGGUGUGCAAAUGUUGAUAUAAUGGGGGUCACUUGCGGGCCAAGUCACGGGAUUAGCAUUGGGAGCCUUGGCGUGCACAACUCUCGGGCAUGCGUCUCCAACAUCACAGUCCGCAACGCAGUCAUACGUGAAUCAGACAAUGGCGCCCGAAUCAAGACAUGGCAAGGCGGGACGGGCUGCGUAUCUGGCAUCCUCUUCGAGAACAUCCAGAUGGAGAAUGUGCUCAACUGCCUGCUAGUAGACCAGUACUACUGCCUAUCAAAGGGAUGCCUAAACCAAACCUCAGCAGUACUAGUCACAGAUUUAACAUACAGAAACAUAAAGGGGACGUACGAUGUGAGGACGCCUCCCAUUCACUUUGCAUGCAGUGACACCGUAGCAUGCAGAAAUAUUACCCUCUCAGAAGUUGAGCUUUACCCACACGAAGGAGAACUCAUGGAUGAUCCCUUUUGUUGGAAUGCUUAUGGAAUCCAAGAGACUGCUACUAUUCCCCCUAUUGAUUGCUUGCAAGAGGGGGAACCUCAGGUUGCGGCUGAGGUGUCUGAGUAUACUUGCUAGAGCAAGGAAUCUUUUGUUCGACCAUUUACAUACAACAUCAAAGAUAAUCGGGUGGGAUCAAAUACAGGGAGUUGUAUCUUAUUCGUAUGUGAGUAUAGUCACAUGGUCACGUGGUCAGACGAGAGAAUUCUUAUACUUUCUAGGUCGUGUUACUUAGGUUUUAUUUAUCUUGAUAUAGAGUUUCUGUGUACUGUAUAGAGCCCAAGAGCCAUUUAUCUGUUGAUGGGUCCAUCCCUCUCUGGGGUUCCCCCCCUUAUUGUGAGAUGUGAUGUGGGGAAUUAUUAUCAAUUGGGUCUUGUAUUUUGGCCUUAAGAUAUAGUAAUGAUAAUGUUGUCGAGAGGAUGAAUUUCACAGGAAAAA